AUGUCUACAGGCAGUAUUCAAAAUACGGUAUCAUCAAGUGAAGCAUUAUUUCAACUCAAUCGUGAUGUCGCAGCUAAUCAAUUACAAACAUAUCGUUCAAAUAAUGAACCUAUACUUAUGACUAGUCUAUCAGGUAUGCCUAUUGGCGAUAAAGUUUAUUCAUUGACUGCUGGUUCACGAGGUCCCAUACUACUACAAGACGCAUGUUUACUUGAUGAGCUGGGUCAGUUUAAUGAAGAAAAAAUUCCUGAACGUUGUUCAUAUGCAAAAGGUACAGGUGUAUUUGGAUUCUUUCAAUGUACAACAGAUAUAGGUUCAACAUUGACACGUGCACAUUUUCUUAAUACACGAAAUAAACAAACACCAAUUGCAAUAAGAUUUUCACGUUUUUCAAGUGAAUUAGGAAGUUCAGAUACAAUUCGUGAUAUACGCGGUAUGGCUAUUAAAUUCUAUACAGAUUGUGGAAAUUUUGAUUUAAUAUGUAAUCAUUUACCGGUUUUCUUUAUACGUGAUCCAAUUCUUUACCCAUCACUUGUACAUUCACAAAAACGUAAUCCUGUUACUAAUCUUUUUGAUUACGAUGCCUAUUGGGAUUUUUUAACAUUAAGACCAGAAACUACACAUUGUCUUGUAUUACUCUAUAGUCAUCGUGGUAUACCAAAUGGUUAUCGUUAUAUGAAUGGUUAUUCUGUGAAUACAUACAAAUUCUUAUCAGAUGAUGAUAAUAUAUCUUACGUACGUUUUCAUAUUAAAUCAAAUCAAGGUAUAAGUUCGAUUGAUCCAACAAAAGCACUUGUCUUAGCUGGUUUGGAUAGUGAUUAUGCUACACGUGAUCUUUAUAAUACUAUAUGUAUAAAUAAAGAAUUACCAUCAUGGACUGUAUGUGUACAACAAAUGAAUGAACAAGAAAUGAAAAAUUCAUCAUUUGAUCCAUUUGAUACAACAAAAAUAUGGCCAAAAACUUAUUAUCCAUUAAUUGCAUUAGGCACUAUUACACUAAAUCGUUUACCAACAAAUCAUUUUGCUGAAAUUGAACAAUUAGCUUUUUCUCCAGCCAAUCUUGUUCCAGGCAUUGAAUUAUCACAAGAUAAAAUGUUACAAGCACGUAUAUUUGCUUAUUCUGAUGCACAACGUUAUCGUCUAGGUAAAAAUUAUGCACAAUUACCUGUUAAUCGUCCAUUAAAUCCUAUAGCAAAUAAUCAUCGUAAUGGUUCUAUGUGUUUAAAUAAUCAAAAUGGUGCACCAAAUUAUUUUCCAAAUAGUUUUCAUGGUGCUACAACAUCAUAUCGUUUUAAAGAAUCAAUUUAUUCUAUUGAAGGAGGAAAUAUUGCACGUUAUGAAUGUUCCAAUGAACAAGAUGAAUUUAGUCAAGCAAAAACUUUUUAUCGACAAAUUCUAAGUCCUGAUGAACGUAUAAUGUUAGCAAGAAAUUUAUCCAAAAGUUUAGUACUAACACAACAAUUUAUAUGUAAAAGAGCAAUAGAAAAUUUUUCUAAUGUUGAUCAAGAUUUAGCUAAUGAUAUUGAACAUUUUCUUAAUUUACAACGACCCACUAAAAUGGAAGAUUCUAGUAUUCAAACAGAUCUUGAACGAAAAAUUUAA